AUGCCUUUUAAUCGCCUACGACGUUGGAAUCAUGGUGAUGAUCAUAUUUAUUCGACAUAUGAUGAAAGCUUCAGCAGUGAAUCUAUUUCAUCAAAAGAUACGCAUAGUCAUUCAAAUUCAUCUGAUGGAGGUAUAUCAUUAGGUCAUGGAAGUUGGAUGAGCAGUCAAAUAAAUGUGUAUGAUCAAAUAUGUUAUGACUCAAUUCAAACUAAUACAGAUAAUAAUUUAACAUCGAAAUAUGAAGAUACAUCACCACCUUACACUCCAAGUUAUUUAUCUGAUGAUACAAGUGAACAUUAUUAUUAUCGUUUACCAACACCAGCAUCGUUAGUAACAGAUGAAAUGUUUCCAUCUAAAUCUCAACAAAAACAAACAAAUUCGAAGAAAGAAUUACAUAAAGAAUUAGCUUAUCGACAAAAAAUGGGUCAAUUAUUACCGAAAAAACCUGAAUUACUUGAUGUUUUUAAACAUCGACGUGAAGAAGAAAAAAAACGUGAAACUGAACGAACGCGUGAACAAACAAAAUUAGAACAAAUUCUUGCACGACAACGACAAAAACUUGAUGAAACAAAUAAUAUUUGUUCAAUAUCAAGUAAUAAAAGUGCAUAUUCAAAUGAAUUCGAAUUUGUUUAUCAUCGAAUUCGUCAACAACAAAAAAAUAAAGAAUGA